GUCAGCAGCGGACAACGCUUUACGCAGUAGCACCUCACUGGAGGAGCAGUCCCGAACCAAUCGUCCACUCAUUGCGUCCUCGCAAGCGAAAUGUUGGAUCUCGCCCAGGGCCAAGAGCCUGCGCUCAAGCUCCUCGCCAAUGACUCGUCCGUGCGAGAUGUCUUGCAGCGCAUCCCGAACGAGAUCUUGUCAAAGAUUCUACUCGCUGUGUUGGAAGAAGCCCCACUAGCAGAAUUCGUGUACCCGCCGUGGUACCUUGGACACGUGUGUCAGCACUGGCGCGCUCUGGCACUCGCCCUGCCGGGGCUUUGGUCUGUCAUCGCGCACGGCCGCUCCUCCGAGAAGAUCAAGACGCUUAUCGAGCGGUCCGGCGCCGAGCCACUUCGGGUCAGGUUUUGGAUGCCAUAUGGUGGGGGGAGGGAACGACAGGAGCAGGCGCUGGCCGUGCUGGACAUGCUGAUGGAUGUGUCGGAGCGCUGGAUUGCAGUGAGCAUGGAUAUGAGGCCUAGCCUCGUACAUAGGCUAUCGGUCCUGAGGGGGCGGCUGCCUCAAUUGCGUUUUCUUGGUCUCAGUCUGUCGGCAGCGACGGACUACAGUGGCGACGGUGUCGACUACCGAGACACGGUCAAUGCGUUUGAGCUUGCUCCGCGACUGUGCGACGUGUCCUUGGACAACAUUGCUGGCAUCCGGCACCCCAAUCCCAUUGCCCUGCCCUGGGGACAGCUCACUCGCCUCCAUCUUGCCAUUCAUCGCCCGCAACACCUGCUCCUGCUGCAGUCGACGCCAGGUCUUGAAUGGGCCUCGGUGGACUUCCAAACGGAGGCGGAGGCGAUCUUAUCCACGGUCCAAAUCGACGUGGAGCUGCCUGCUCUGCGGCGAAUGUUCACGCGGGAAAUCAUCUUCUUUGACGUACUCAAUGCACCCCUCCUCGAAGAGGUAUAUACGAUCGACACAGGUCCGACACCCCUGGUCCAGUUCCUCGAGCGCUCGCAGGCUCAGACUCACAAAUUCCGCACUCUGCGGCUUGCGUGGGCUACAACACGGAGUGUUUCUGCCAUUCUCGCUGCCGCGCCCCAAAUCGUGUCGCUCGGGCUGCAAUGUGGCUCAGAUAAAGAGGCCGAAGCUAUGGUGUCACAGCUCACCGUCCGAGCAAACAGUACGCAAUGCCUGGGACCGAACGUGACGGAUCUGACGCUCGUUUUCGACGAACGAAGCGUCAGACAGGGCUCGUUGAUGCGUAUGAUCAAGUCUCGGGCUACAUCGGACGGCGCCAAAUGUCGAAAGCUGGGAGUUAUCAAGAUUUGGGUCACAGCUGGGAGCAUGACGCUGAACGAGCAGAGCAUGUAUCAGUUGAAAGUUCUGCAGGAAACUCAGGGAUUGGUUUACGAGGUGAAGCGGGGCCCACAUCUAAUUGAUGAAUGGCAAGAGUGAAGUAUGUCCUAUUGCAAAGAAUACCAAUUCGAGAAGAUACAAGUUCUAACGAUAUCAAGACAAUGCACUGAGGUCGUUUUCGAGUAGUUCGGGCCUGAGGCACAGAUAUCGAUCGAUGUACAUGUAUAUAGGCGUGCAGGAUAUAGAGGAUAGUGUAGUCGACCUUACAUGCGCGAGGAGAGAAGAGAGGGCGGCUCCACUGCGAAGACACAUGCGGAUACAAUGCGCGCUCGCUCCCAAUGUGGUAACAGACUGAAUCUAACAGUCGUCAUCAUAGCAGCCGUACCCUCCAACCUGCUACCCUCGAGCCUGAUCGAGCACUUGACGGCUGUCUUCGAGCAGUUGGCCUCGGCGGAGGCGAUCUCGACGUCCCCGCUGCCCUGCUUGACGGACUUGCCCUGGCCGCCUCUGCCGCCGAAGGUCCCGACGGUGCGCUGCGGGAUACCUGGGCUCUCCCGUCAGGCUGAAGAUGUAGAGCGGAAAGUGAAGAGUCAGAGGAAGACGGUUGUGCACCGCUGUGGCUCCCGAUAUUGCCCUUCAGGGAUUGCGGCUUCUCCUUGAAGAAGUCUCGCGGACGUGUGCCGCGCUUGUCUAGACGUCUAUCGAUCAGCUUCU